AUGACAGAAUUUGGAUUAGCCGAAGCCGAGUUGUAUUGUGUCAGGAAAUUUAAUGGACAUCUGCUGUACAUUCAGGACGCUGCAGAAGAAAAAUUUAUAAAUGAUAUUUUGUUAGAAGUACGUAAUGCGAACAGUACAGAUGACGGAUAUGUGGUGAACAUCUUUAUGAUAGACAAUCACACAGAUAUCAACUAUGUUAGACGUCUAUCAGAAAAGGUUGAAAACAAUACCUGUUUCAGGCUAAAACCAGAGUCUCGACCAUACAAUGACGGUUAUAUUUCUGCAUCGACAAAGUGUAGGAUGAAUUCUUUCUUAUGUAAAGCUCCUGUAGAGUUAAAUGCCAUAAAAACUUUGGAACUUGGCACCGGUGAAGAUAGCGCACGCCCUGAAACAGUAAAUUUUAAUACAUUUAUAACCACUAUGUAUCAUUGGAUGUAA